CAGUCUGCUCACAGGCCCAGGCUCCUUUUCUUUUGUGUUUUGUGUAUAGUUCAUACUUUAUCGCUAAAUCCAGUUUUAAUAAAAAGUAUAUUACUUAGAAUUUGAGGAACUUCAACAGAAUGAAACCCUUACUGUUUAAAGACGCUUUUUGGGGAACGGAUUUCACCAACCAUUCUGGCUAUGAGAUUUUGAUUCAAAAGCUUUGUGAUGGCAGACGUAUGUGCAAAGAUGUUGAAGAGCUUCUAAAAAUGAGGGCAAUGGCUGAAGAGAGGUACGGAAAGGACCUGGUGAUGAUAGCGCGUAAAGCUGGGUUACAGACGGAGAUCAGCAACUUAAGGACAUCUUUCAAUCAGCUAAAAACCCAAAUUGAGAACAUCGGAAAUCUGCAUAUUCACCUAUCUGGAAUACUGAAAGAUGAGAUCAAGAAGAUAGAGAUAUUCAGAGAACGACAGAAGGAACAUAGAAAAAAGUUCGAAGAGAUCAUGGAGAAGGUUCAGAAGAUGAAGGUGUCCUUCUACAGGAAGACCAUGGAGUCAAAGAAGACCUAUGAGCAUAAAUGCAAAGAGGCAGAUGAAGCAGAACAAGUGUUGGCGAGGACCCCCUGCACAGCCACAACACAGAAGCAGUCAGAGAAGGUGCAGCACAAGGCCAAGCAGUGCCGACUAGCAGCCAGUGAAGCAGAGGAAAUAUAUGUUUCUAAUGUUGAGCAUCUAGAGGAAGUCCGGCAGGACUGGGAGGGCACUCACAAGAGCACAUGUGAGGUGUUUCAACAGCAGGAAGUAGAUCGCAUCAGUGUGCUAAGGGGUGCUUUGUGGGAUCACUGCAAUCAAUUCUCCCAACUGUGUGUCCAAGAUGAUGAGGUCUAUGAGGAGGUGAGGAAGACACUGGAGAGCUGUGACAUCACAACUGACAACAACAGUUUUAUAGAGAUGAAGUCAACAUGUACAAGUCCACCAGGUCCCAUAGUCUUUGAGGACUACUAUCAAAGUAUGCAACCGAGGGAAAGCGAGGGCAGCGCUUGCCCUGAACACGGAGAGAUGUCAAAGAGUUUCUCCAGUGUACUGCAAGGGAGUAAUAAUGAUUUGAAGUUAAACAUCAACGGCACUUUACAGUCAACAACUCUCUCUACUGCUUAUCCAGAUGAAGUAGUCACACCAGUACCAGACUUUCAGCACAUAGCAGGAUCUUUGAGCAGGACCGCUAACGAAGACAGCUAUGUGGCGCAGUAUGACUAUUCUGCACAGGACUCAGAAGAGCUAUCUGUGACCAGGGGGGACGUGUUGGUGGUGCUACUGCAAGGGGAUGAUGGCUGGUGGACAGCAGAGAGGAAUGGUCAGACUGGUCUUGUCCCUGGGUGUUAUCUGGCCAAAAUCUAGUCAUAGUCUCAUACACACAGAGGGGAAGUACGUACACUCUCACAUACUCUCUUACACAGACUCUUACACAGAUACACACUCCCAAGUGUGUAAAAGAACAACACAUGCAGCACUGGAACUACAGUCACACAAUAAGCUUCCCUGUAGAAAGAAAGUCUGAUAGAUGCUUCAUUCAGGGGCUCCCAGUGAUAGAUGACAGCAGUGAAGAUGACUCACCGAACGGACAUGAAAAAUGAGUCAUCUAUGGACGUCAUGAAUAACUUUGCUGUUACAUUGCCUCCGUGUGUUUGUGUCCGGGAGUCAGGUGGCUGAGCGGUUAGGGAAUCGGGGUAGUAAUCAGAAGGUUGCUGGGUCGAUUCCCGGCCGUGCAAAAUGACGUUGUGUCUUUGGGAAAGGCACUUCACCCUACUUGCCUCUGGGGAAUGUCCCUGUACUUACUGUAAUUCGCUCUGGAUAAGAGUGUCUGUAAAUGUAUGUCACCAUGAUUUAUCCAAUACAAGCUAAAUCUGACAUCAAGCUAACAUGAAAAUAAUUUGCUGCAACUAACAAACCUAAUGGCAACUGUAAACUAAAUAGUAUUUAAACAACCAUAUUAAAGAUGUUAAUAUUAACCCAUGUUUUGGAUGUGAACACAUAAUACAAUAUUACCAUGUUGGGAAAAUUAUAAGAUCAACUCCACUGAACCACACUGUAGAAUGAGUAUUUAAAAGAUAUAUCUUGUUUAAAUGUAUACGUUUAUUUCAGUCUUACUUGUGUCUCCCAAAUCUAUUUACAUGGUUACAUUUUUCACAUUUGUUCUAUUGCACUAUAAUCCUAAAUAACAACUGAACAUCAAAAAUCUACUGAAUAUUCUAGGGUAUGUUUCAACAAUACAGUACACAAUGCCACGUCAUAGGAAUGUUUUUAGUUUGUUUUUUAUCAUCAAAGUGGUUGAACCACUUUCCAACUGGAACUUGUGUGACUAAAACAUAGCUACAUGAAACAAUACCUACAGUACAUGGAUUUUCUUAGGUAACACUGAUAGUACUUCUACAGGAUUCGAGCUGGUGAUGGGAUUGACUUAAACUUCAGUAGUAUUUGGGUUGGCUUCCAUAUAAAGGUUUAGACAAGUCAUUAACACCUCCAACAGCUCCAAAGCUCUCUAUAGUGCAAACUGACACAAGAGGAUAGGGUACAUUCGUUACACUGUGCUAAACUGUAGUUUCUUCAUUGACAGAUCCCUUAUGUACCCCACAUGGGAACAGAAAAAAACACAGACUUGGCUGGAUGAAAUCAAGAGGCAAAUGAGACAACUCAUGAAUAUCAACUUGCCAUGUAGGCCUACAACUUCAGCCUUACAGUAUGUCAUAGUAA